AUGCAGACCUUAAAGUGUGUUGUUGUUGGAGAUGGUGCUGUUGGUAAGACCUGUCUGUUAAUAUCCUACACGACAAAUCAGUUCCCGGCUGAUUAUGUGCCCACUGUGUUUGAUAACUAUGCGGUUACUGUUAUGAUUGGAGAUGAGCCAUAUACUUUGGGUUUAUUCGAUACCGCCGGUCAGGAAGAUUACGAUAGGCUGAGACCUCUGUCGUAUCCUUCGACAGAUGUCUUUCUGGUGUGUUUCAGCGUUAUAUCACCUCCAUCUUUUGAAAACGUGAAGGAGAAAUGGUUUCCAGAGGUUCAUCAUCAUUGUCCUGGAGUUCCUUGUCUGAUUGUGGGCACACAGAUAGAUUUGAGAGACGAUAAAGUUAUCGUUGAAAAACUCCAAAGACAGAGGUUACGUCCUAUCACUGCAGAACAGGGCGAAAGGCUCGCCAGGGAGCUGAGAGCGGUGAAAUACGUCGAAUGUUCUGCUCUAACACAGCGUGGUUUGAAGAAUGUGUUUGACGAAGCAAUUGUCGCUGCGUUGGAACCGCCAGUAAUCAAGAAGAGCAAGAAGUGUACUAUUUUAUAG